AUGUCAGAUAUAGAACAUCUUCGUAGCCUUAUAAAAGACAUACCAGAUUUUCCUCGAAAGGGUAUCAUAUUUCACGAUAUCUUUCCAAUCUUUAAAGAACCUACAGCAACUGAAAUGUUUGUAAGUCAUAUCGUAAAUCAUAUUAAUGUAACUAUUAAAAAAAAAGUUGACGUUAUUGUUGGUCUUGAUGCACGUGGAUUCUUAUUUGGACCUAUGGUUGCUUUAAGAUUAAAUGCUGCUUUUGUACCUUCAAGAAAAAAAGGGAAAUUACCGGGAAAAACAAUAAGUGCUGAUUUUAAAAAGGAAUAUGGUGUGGAUACUUUUGAGAUGCAAGCGGAUGCUAUUAAACCUGGUCAAAAUGUAAUUAUUGUAGAUGAUCUAAUCGCUACAGGGGGUACGGCUGCAGCUGCUGGUCAACUUGUAGAACAAAGUGGUGGAAAAAUUUUAGAGUAUAUUUUUAUGAUCGAAUUAACAGAUUUAAAUGGUAGAAAAAACCUCGCUGCCCCUGUAUACUCUUUAAUUACUUUUAAUGUUUAG